AUGCCUUCUGGUCACACCACCAAGUUGUUAUUGUCUACGGGAGUGGCUUGUCUUGGAUCUCUCCAGUAUGGAUACCAUAUGGCCGAGCUUAACGCUCCUGAAUCAGUUCUAUCUUGCCGUGAUAACAUCGACGGUCCAGGCCCCUCAUGGUUCAUUGAUCAUGGUUAUUCGCCGUGUGUUCCUCUUGACUCUUCAGAAAUAGGUCUUGUCACCUCAAUAUUCUCAAUUGGUGGUCUUAUUGGCUCGAUGAUCGCUAGUCCACUUAGUGAUAAAUUGGGCCGGAAGAAUUCUAGCUUUUUCAAUACUUCAUUCUUCAUUAUUGGCUCAUUACUCGAGACAUUCUCAAAUAACAAAUCCCGUCUUGUGUUUGGUCGUUUUAUUUCGGGGUUAGGGGCUGGCUCCAGCAUUGUGAAUACUCCUUUAUUCAUUAGCGAAAUCGCUACUAAUGACUCAAAGGGUUUCCUCGGAAGCUUGAAUCAGUUUUCUAUGAAUGUUGGUAUUCUUCUCACCCAAUUACUAGCAGUCAGAUGGGCAAAUACCAGUCAAUGGAGAUAUCUAUUGUUUAUGGGAUUCUUAAUUGCUGCCGCCAACAUUGUGGGGUUAUUAUUUAUUAAUGAAAGUCCAAAAUGGUUGGUUCAACAUAAUAAGAUAGAUUUGGCGAAAAAAUCCCUUAGAGAUCUCAGGCAUCCUGAUGAUUAUUCUGACGAGGACGUUUCCAAUGAAAUUUCUCAGUGGGUUUCCGAAAUAUCACGUUCAACUGUAGCGAUGCCUACCAUUGAGUCCGAGUCUUUACUCCCAUCAUCUUCUGAUGAUCCAAUAGAGUUUGCUCCAAAACCCUCUAAUAUCACCAUCUUACAGUAUUUGACCUCGCCGGAGUAUUAUAAUUCUCGUCUUAUUGUGUCGAUCAUUAUGGUUGGUCAACAGCUAUGUGGUAUCAACUCAAUUAUCUUCUAUGGAGUCAGCAUUAUUUCAUUUCUUUUCCCACAACAUGCGGUUUCACUCAAUUGUGCCAUUUCCUUCGUUAAUGUUAUGGUGACGUAUGUGACAGCUACCAUUGUGGACCGUGCUGGUCGCAGGCCUUUACUCAUUGGAUCGAUAUCAGUCAUGGGAAUUGCUUGUUUGAUAACGGUUCAUGGGAUUGUUGGUGAACAUUCUUACCUUACGGUUUUUGCAAUCUUUUUGUAUAUUGCGGCGUUUGCCAUGGGUUUGGGACCGAUUCCAUUUUUACUCAUAUCAGAAGUUACUCAAUUACAAGCUACCUCUGUUGCCCAAAGCUUCGGUACCGUGCUUAAUUGGGUGGCAACAUUUUUGAUUGGGUAUUUGUUUCCUAUUUUGCACACAAAACUUGGAGGUUACGUCUUUGGAAUUUUUGGGAUUAGUUGUGCAAUUGUUGGCAUACUGGUUUGGUAUUUAUUCCCAGAAACUAAGGGGAAGAAAAAUUACGGUGAAAUUUUUGGCGUCAUGACAAGAUUGGAUUGA